AUGUUGGCAUCAUUGCUAGCAGCGGCCCUGGGCCUCGCUAUGGGCAUCUCGGCACAAGAAGUAUCUUGUUAUGCACCCAAUGGAGACGUCGCCAACAACUUGACCUAUGUUCCUUGCAACAAACUCGGAAUCACCCAAAGGGGUGUCUUUUCUAGCUGCUGUGCUCUGGAUGGACCCCCUGAUGAACGCGACAUCUGCUCCACAUCCGGCCUGUGUAUCAACCGUCAAAGCCAGCCUCAGAGAGGUUUCUGCACUGAUCCUACCUGGAAGAGCAAGGCCUGCGUUAGCGUCUGCAUGGAUGAACAGUCUGGCGGAACUGCUUCCAACUCGAGCUUCAUGACCGCGUGUAACGACGGCACUGCCACCUACUGCUGCGGAAGAUCAAACACCACCUGCUGCGGUACCGAGCAUGCGAUUACGAUCCAGACCCAGGAAUCAGUGUGCACAGCGAACACGACGAACGACAGGGCUAAUAGCAACGACGAUGCCUUGAAAGGCGCCACCAUUGGUCUCGGCGUUGUCGCCGGCGUGUCUCUCCUGAUUGGUCUCAUCUCUACUUUCUGGCUCUGGAAGCAGAACAAGUCGCUCAAGAAGCAGCUGGCCGAAAAGCCAGAGCCGGCUCCGCCGACGAACCCUCACACCCCGGCUCAGACACUCGUUGAGCCGCAGAUGACUGGCAACCAAAGCUCGUACGGAGCGCCAUCACCGGGUCUGUACAAGUCAACCUACAGCGCAUCGCCUCGAGAGUCGGAGUUCAACCAUGGAAAUAUUCACAGAUACUCGGAACUGGAUGCAUCCGCAGCUACAGCUAGGAGUGAAAUGGGGUCGCCUACACCGUAUGAGCAGCAGUUUCAGCAACAGGGUCGCGACUCUCCUAUACCUGAAACUUACACAAGCUCGGUAAACUCACCAUACACGCAACCGCGAUGA